AAACAGAGCCGAAGAGCAAAUUCAUUCUUCAUAAAUAUAUAAAAAGAUAUAUAGUUAGGUGAUCUUCCUGUUUUCAGUAUUUGACCAAGUGAAACACAUGUACAAGCCCAAAUCAGGCCCAUCAUUUUCUAUUUUGGUUGCUUCUUUUCAAUGCCAAAUUCAAAAAAGAAACGAAAAGAAAAAAGAAACGCAAGCGGAGACAGCAGAGUCAAGCAUUCUCUCUUAUCAAACAAUACCAAAUGUCGUCAAAAUGAACAAACCAACUACACCAUUUUGUUUUGAGAGAGAAACUCCCAGAGCCAAAUUAAAGAAUGAGAACUAUAACAAAUCACCAUUUUUGUAACUUCCUUUUGUUCUUCAUUUUCCUAACCAUCUUCCCAACAAUUUCCAUAUCGGCAGACACCUUAACUGCCACUCAGUCUAUCAUACAUAACCAAACUCUUGUCUCCCCAGGUGAUGUUUUCGAGCUUGGAUUCUUCACCCUAGAACAUCCAGGGGAAUGGUACGUAGGGAUAUGGUACAAGAACAUUCCUGACAGAACCUACGUGUGGGUUGCCAAUCGAGACAACCCACUUGCAAACUCGUCUGGUAUUUUCAAGUUGGAGGAUGGAAACCUCUUUCUUCUUGACCAAGGACAGAAUCUUGUAUGGUCAUCGAAUAUAACAAAGGGUGAAAAUCCUGUUGCGCAGCUGUUAGACUCUGGAAAUUUGGUUGUAAGAGAAGCAAACACCAAUAAUGAGACCAAUAACUACCUUUGGCAAAGCUUUGAUUAUCCUACAGAUACGUUGUUACCAGAUAUGAAGCUAGGGUGGGAUCUAAGUGCAGGUUUUAACCGGUUCUUAACAUCUUGGAGAGCUAUAGGAGACCCUUCAUCAGGGGAUUUCUCGUUCAAGCUAGAUUAUCGUGGAUUUCCUGAAAUAUUCUUGUGGAACAAGCAAGAGAGAAAAUACAGAAGCGGUCCAUGGAACGGUCUAAGGUUUAGCGGUGUCCCGGAAAUGAAACCUAUUGAUUAUAUCACCUUCAACUUUGUCACCAACCAAGAUGAGGUAUAUUAUUCAUUUUCUAUAGCAAACAAAAACUUGCUUUCCAGGUUGAUAGUUAAUCCAACUGGGACUCUUCAAAGAUUAACAUGGAUUCCCGAUACCAAUCAAUGGAAUCCAUUUUGGUACGCACCAAAGGACCAGUGUGACAAUUACGGGGAGUGCGGUCCAUAUGGUAUAUGUGACAGCAAUGCAUCUCCAGUUUGUAAGUGUCCAAAAGGGUUCAGUCCAAAGAAUCAGCAAACAUGGAAUUUAAGGGAUGGGUCUGAUGGGUGUAUUAGAAAGACAGAUUUAAAUUGCACCAAAGACAAAUUCUUGCACUUAACAAAUAUGAAGCUACCAGAAAGUACGACUUCAUAUGUGGACAGGACUAUGAAUAUUAAGGACUGUGAAGCUUUGUGCACCAGGAACUGUUCUUGCACGGCUUAUUCUAACUCCGAUAUUCGAAAUGGAGGCACAGGCUGUGUCAUUUGGACUGCUGACCUGAUUGAUUUGAGGCAAUAUACAGAUGGUGGACAAGAUCUCUUUGUUAGAUUGGCAGCUUCUGAUCUAGAAAAUGGUGGGAACACAACUACUCUAAUUAUAGGCAUUACAGUGGUUGCUGGCGUUUUGCUUUUAGGACUGAUAGCCUAUGUCAUAUGGAAGAGGAAGGCAGUGAAAAGAAGAGGAAAAAUACAAAUGAAAGGUCCUCUUGAAAGAAGCCAAGAUUUGCUAUUGAAUGAAGUGAUUAUAUCAAGUAAGGAGUACUCGGGGGAAAGUCAACCUGAUGAACUAGAAUUAACGUUGUUUGAUUUUGACACCAUCGCAACAGCUACAAACAACUUUUCUGAUGAAAAUAAACUUGGACAAGGUGGUUUUGGCUGCGUAUACAAGGGUAGGUUGGUUGAGGGUCAACAAAUAGCUGUAAAAAGGCUCUCAAGGAACUCUGGGCAAGGGACUGAAGAAUUCAAGAAUGAGGUUAGAUUGAUUGCAAGGCUUCAACAUAGGAAUCUUGUUCGCCUUCUUGGUUGCUGCAGUGAGAUGGAUGAGAAGAUGCUAGUCUACGAGUACAUGGAACACAGAAGCUUGGAUUCUGUUUUAUUCAAUAAAGCAAGAAGCUCCUUACUAAAUUGGCAAAGGCGCUUCAACAUUAUUUGUGGUAUUGCUCGAGGAAUUUUGUAUCUUCACCAGGAUUCCAGAUUUAGGAUCAUCCAUAGAGAUCUCAAAGCAAGCAACAUUUUGCUUGACGGAGAAAUGAACCCAAAAAUUUCAGACUUUGGCAUGGCUAGAAUUUUUGGCGGUGAUCAAGCAGAGGCAAAUACUAAGAAAAUAGUUGGAACUUAUGGUUAUAUGUCACCUGAAUAUGCAAUGGAUGGUCUCUUCUCAGCAAAAUCAGAUGUUUUUAGCUUUGGUGUUCUGGUGUUGGAGGUUGUCAGUGGCAAGAAGAAUAGAGGAUUUUAUCACUCAAACAGUGAACUCAACCUUCUUGGCCAUGCUUGGAGAUCAUGGAAAGAAGGGAAGGGAUUGGAGUUAAUAGAUUCAACAGCAGGUGAUACCUACCAAGCACAUGAAGUACUUAGGUGCAUACAGGUUGGCCUUUUGUGUGUGCAAGAGCGUGCAGAAGACAGGCCAAGUAUGUCAACCGUGGUUUUGAUGUUGAAUAGUGACACUGCAACAAUGUCCCAGCCCAAAACCCCUGGUUUUUGCCUAGGAAGAAAUACACUUGAAACUGAUUCAUCUACCAGUAAGCAAGAUGAAUCGUGCACUGUGAACCAAGUCACAGUUACAAUGCUAGAUGCCAGGUAGUGAAAGGUCCGGCCUCAUUUAAGGUGUUUGUAUGUAUAUAAAAAAGUUACCUUUAGUAUAUUCUGUUGUGAUUUUUUCUGACAGCUUUUGCUGUAAUCUCAAGGCA